AUGUCGAACUCAGUAAAAAUAAUAAAUCGUAGCGCGAAGCCUGCAAAGAUAGGUUUUUUCAAGAAUCGUGGACCUUAUCAACCAUCGUUUGAUGCCGAAAAGGUUAUUGAAGUCGGGCCGCAUGAAAGCCAAUCAGUGAUACUCGAGAAUGGAUGGGAAGGACGCAUUCAAAAACUCUCCGGUGCUGCAAAUGAUCCAGCAACAUGGGCCGAAAUUCACUUUAAUGCAUGGCAAAAUAUGGCAUUUGCAGAUAUCAGUCUUAUUCGCGGAUAUAAUGGGUCUAUGGUUUUUACAAGUAGCGAUGGUACCUUACACACUGGUAUGGCAAACGACCUAUGGGCAGAAGCACCAGCAAAAUUCAAGAUCAAAGAUUCCUAUGGUAAUGACGUACUCGUUCCAACGGAGCCAUACACAGGUGGACGGAACGAUGAAUUGAUAGCUUACUAUCGGCGUAAGGUAACGAAAGGAAAUGGAUAUCUUAUUCCCGACGAUCAUGCGAGCUCACAUGGUACACAUGACACCAAUAUUAAUCUUGAAAUAUAUGAUAUUUCUGAGGAAAGUGCUGGGAUCAUCAGUACACCUAGAACGUCCAGAGCUAUCGCCCUUCGAUCGAACGCUAAUGGGAAAUUUGUCUGUGCUGAUAAUGCUGGAAAUAGUUCUCUAGUUGCUAAUCGUGAUUCUGCCUCAGGUUGGGAAACAUUCGAUCUUAUCAUUCGAGAUGGCAGUAAUGUCGCUUUGAAAUCACAUGCCAAUGGACAAUAUGUUUGUGCUGAAAAUGGAGGAAAUAGUCCUUUAAUAGCCAACCGUGCCUCAAUUAGUUCAUGGGAAACUUUUCAAAUGAUUGAUCGUGGCAAUGGAAAGGUAGCUUUUAUAGCAGUUAAUGGAAACUAUGUUUGUGCUGAAGAUUUUGGAAACGGCGCAUUAAUUGCAAAUCGCAACUCUGUCGAUAGUUGGGAGACUUUUGAUUUAGUUCCACAGUAA